CCUGUCGAAUGUGUUGGAGUUACAUUUUUUGGUACCCCUAAUUAUACGAUUAUAGGGGGCAAAAAUAUACAAUCAUAGUGUCUUCAGAAACCAUGUAAAAUUGUACUUUUAUAUUUUCCUAAUUUUAACAGUUCUAGUUUUCAUUUUAACAUGUCCCAAAAUGUAUGCACCGACUCUCGCAUGCAUAACAAUGACCGAGUCUUAAAUAUUAGAUAUCAAAAAGAAAAUUUCAAUAAGAGCUCAAUCGCAGUUACAUUAUAGAUCCUGAAAAACCUCUUUAACAUAGACAUAACAAUUGAAAAAAGAGAAGAAAACAUCCAAACAAAAAGAGAGAGGAAAAUGAAUAAACAUGGAAGAAGCAAAUGGAGUGGGAAGAAGGUGAUGUUUGGGGUAUUAAUUAUGGGAUUGUGCAUUACUGCUUAUGUAGCUGGUCCACCCCUCUAUUGGCACGUCUCUGAAUCUAUUUCUUCAUCCACUCACUAUUCUUGCCCUUCUUGUCCUUGUGAUUGCUCUACUGAUCAACCCCUUCAUUCUUUUUCACAAGGUGUGAAUGUGAGUACUUUUACAGAUUGCAUGGAACAUGAUCUGGGGGUGAGCGAAGAAGAGGAGAGAAACUUCACAGCUCUUUUAACAGAUGAAUUAAAGCAAAUGGAAAGUGAAACACUGGAAAACCAGAGAAGAGCAGACAUGGCACUGCUCGAGGCAAAAAAGAUGGUGUCCCAAUAUCAAAAGGAAGCAGACAAAUGUACAUCAGGGAUGGGAACUUGUGAAGAAGCUAGAGAAAAGGCUGAAAUUGCUUUAGAAGCACAGAGACAAAUCACUUCUAUGUGGGAACUCAGAGCACGCCAUCAAGGUUGGAAACAAGAGCUUGUUUAAGUUAAUUAGUGCCUAGACAAGUUCUCAAUGAAGCAAGUAAACAGGCACUUCACCAAUUUCUGAUAGCUAAUAUUAGUAUUCGGCUAGUCCGGACAUUUCCCUAAUUUUCCUCACAAUAGAAGUCACAAGGCCAGAAACAAUCAGAUAGUAUUAUUUUAGAUAAGCAAGAAACAGAAACAUCUCGAUCUUUUUAUAGUUAACGGUUUGGAUUCACUUCAGGAAAUAUAUCUUUCUCCUCAAAGUAUACCUUCA